ACAAUGAACGAUGCAUUAAUUAAAUUGAUAAACAAAUUUAUUUUAAAACACCUAAAUAGAGUAAUAGAUAUAUUAUUUAUUUAAUUAUGGGAUAAGUUCGAGUUAUUUUAUUCAAGCAAGUGAUGUGAAUUUUGCCAACGACUGGAAUCAAAAUGCAGAGCAUACUGUGUGCUUUUAUGUCAUUUCACCGCAGAAAGUAAUUUUCCAUAAAUUAGUGAAUUUCUAUCGAGAAAACAAUGCAUUCUCCCUGAAUAUGUUUUAGAGCUAGUUGAAUUCAUCAAUCCAAAAUCUAAACAUGGAUCACAGCGUGAAAGCGAUGACCACUAGUCGUGGGUUUUCUCUUUCUCGGAUAUUCAAUCGGCAUCGAUUUGAAAACGACGAAUUGGAAUGUUUAUACCAGCGUUAUGUAUUCAAAUUGCAACAUUCGUCUGUGGCUAGUGUGAUAGUACUAUUCAUCAUAUUGACAUCUCUUUUGGCGAAUCUCAGUUUCUUUUACGCUCAAGGACCAUCGUCGCAGAAUGUAUACCAUAUAGUUCACUGUCUACUAUUCGUCAUUCUUCUGAUUUUCUUGAACACGAAAUAUAUGCACGAUUCGUAUCUGCUAUGGAUUUGCUACACAAUAUUGUUCUUCUGCGGUACGUUCUGCAUUGUUUCUUUGCCCAUCGGAAGUUCUGCUCCUUCGGAGAAUAUGAUAUUGAAAAUCGAAACUCGACGAGUUAUAGCGGAAGGAGUUUGGCAAAUUAUAUUCGUUAUAUUUCUCGCGUAUACUAUGAUGCCUGUUAAAAUGCUGGUUGCGUUAUCAUUCGGCAUAACAUUACCUUUGAUUCAUUUAGUCACCUCUGUAAUAUUUGCUCAAGAAUUUCCUCAUUUAAUCUGGCAGCAGAUUGUUAGCAACGUGAUCAUAUUCUCCUGCGUGAAUAUUAUUGGUGUUUUAUUACAUUCUUUGACUGAAAACGCUCAACGUAAAGUAUUUUUGGAUACCAGAAAUUGUAUCGCCGCUAGAUUGCAUAUCGAAGAUGAAAAUGAAAAACUUGAAAGACUAUUGUUGUCUGUGUUACCUCAGCAUGUCGCGAUGGAAAUGAUGAAUGAUAUUAUGUCUCCGGUGGAAGGACAGUUUCAUAAAAUAUACAUUCAAAAGCAUGAAAAUGUCAGCAUUCUAUUCGCUGAUAUCGUUGGUUUUACUGUACUGGCAUCUCAGUGCACCGCUCAAGAAGUAGUUCGUUUGCUUAAUGAAUUAUUUGGACGUUUCGAUCAACUUGCUACGGAAAAUCAUUGUUUGAGAAUCAAAAUUCUUGGUGAUUGUUACUACUGUGUUUCCGGACUACCGGAACCUCGUUCAGAUCAUGCUCGAUGUUGCGUUGAAAUGGGACUCGAUAUGAUCGAUGCUAUUGCAGCGGUAGUGGAAGCCACUGAUGUGAAUUUGAACAUGCGAGUCGGUAUACAUUCGGGACGUGUGCUGUGUGGAGUGCUGGGAUUACGAAAAUGGCAAUACGAUGUUUGGUCCAAUGAUGUGACUUUAGCUAACAAUAUGGAAGCAGGAGGAGAACCAGGACGAGUUCAUAUCACUCAAGCGACGUUGGAUUCGUUAGGGGGUGAAUAUGAAGUAGAGGCUGGUCAUGGUGCUACUCGAAAUCAGUAUUUGAGAGAUAAUAAUGUGACGACUUACUUCGUUAUUCCUCCGGCUCGUCGAAGAAAACCUUUACAAAUGAAAUCUGGUGUUCUUCAUGCUGUAAGCGGAGCUGGUCAUAAAUUGUCGUUUAAAAAUGUGUCUAACGUGGUAGUGCAACUGUUGCAUUCUAUUAAGUAUUCUGUCGAAGUACCGUUUAGCAAUAUCAACGCUGUGUCCGAUGGCAAAGGAGUCAGUUCGUAUAAGGUAUUGGAUUUACAACGUGCCAUCAACGAACCAUCAUCAAGUAGACGAGGAGUUGGAAACGACAGCUCAUCAUUACUUUUCCGUAAUAUGGCCGGUGGAAAGCACAAAGUAACCGAGAAAUUUAAACGACCGUUCAAGAAACGCCAUUCCAGCAUUUAUCAUCAGCCUUCAAACCGUGUGAAUAAGUACUUGAAUCAGGCCAUAGAGGCACGAAGUGUUGAUCGAGAAAAGUCUACUCACGUUAACCUGUUCACACUUUGCUUUAAGGAUAAAAAUAAAGAGAAUCAAUAUCACGCCGAUACAGACGCAGGAUUCACCAGUUCACUGGCAUGCAGUCUUGUAACGUUGGUUCUUGUAGCGGCCAUUCAGUUUAUUGUUUUACCUAGGACGAAAAUUUUGUUGCUAUUGUUUUUGAUAGCAUUUAUUUGGAAUGCUGUGGUGUUAAUGUUGUUAUUAGCUGUACGUCUUCGUUGGAUUAUUUGGGAUAUUUCGCAAAGUUUCGUAUUGCGUAUCGCUAUUAUUACUUUUACCGUUAUAUUAGUUUACGCUGUAGCUCAAGUGAAUGUGUUUACUUGUCAUAUUGAUCCGGUUUGUCACGAACCAUCGAAUACGUUGAAUUUUACUCAUAGUGAUGCUGAGCAUAGGUUGUGUCCGCUACCGCAGUAUAUUGUGAUUUCUUGCUGUUUGGGGUAUUGUACGGUGGCGAUUUUUUUGAGAUUGCCUAUCAUCAUCAAAUGCGUCUUGUUAACCUUUAUGUCGGUUAUUUAUCUGUUGUUUAUCGAAUUUUCGCAUUUCCAACUCUUCGCUUGUUACGAUUCGGCAGUUUUGUCCAUAGUUCCUUUACAUGUCACUAGUAUGGUUCAACUGGUUGUGUUUCUUUUAGCUGUUUUAUUACAUGCUAGGCAGGUCGAAUGGACUGCUAGAUUAGACUUCCUUUGGCAGAUGCAGGCGAAAGAAGAAAAGAAAGAUAUGGAUAGUUUGCAGAGAAGUAAUAAACACAUAUUAUUCAACUUGUUACCGUCUCAUGUUGCCAUGCAUUUCUUAGAUAAUCAGUUCAAGAAUAAUAUGAAUACGUUAUCGCAAGAGCUUUAUUAUCAAAGUUAUAACAAAGUAGGGGUAUUAUUUGCGUCAAUUACAAAUUAUCACGAAUUCUAUAUGGAAUUGGAUGGUAAUAACCAAGGAGUCGAGUGUUUAAGAUUGCUCAAUGAAAUUAUCGCUGAUUUUGACGAGCUUUUGAGUGAAGACCGAUUUCAAGCUAUUGAUAAAAUCAAAACGGUCGGCUCUACUUACAUGGCUGCUGUUGGAUUAAUGCCGGAACAUCGAAUUUCCGAUCACGAUGAGUUAUCCGCAGCUCAUUAUAUGAGCGCUUUGGUCGAAUUUGUUUUCGCUAUGAAAGAGAAACUGAUUAAUAUCAACGAUAAUUCAUAUAAUAAUUUCAUGUUGAGAGUGGGAAUGAACAUUGGUGCCGUUGUAGCCGGUGUAAUUGGUGCUAGGAAGCCUCAAUAUGAUAUUUGGGGUAAUACCGUCAAUGUUGCGAGCAGAAUGGAUUCCACAGGAUUGCCCAAUCAUAUUCAAGUAACGGAAGAAGUCUACCAAGUUCUCAAAAACGAACCUUACCAAUUCCAAUGUCGCGGUCAUGUUAAAGUAAAAGGCAAAGGUGACAUGAAGACUUAUUUCCUAACAGAUAGAAAACAGCUGGGUACAAUUAGAGUAGAAGAUUUGGCGAAUUACAAUAAUCAUAAAUCUUACGGUAAUAUGUACGGUGGCGUAGCUACGCCUCUAGUGUAUUUGCAGCAAAAUACACGUAGUAAUCAAGAUUCAAUGAUGAUGUCCCAGUCUAUCCAUAUGGAAGAUUACGGUGUUCCUAUCAACUUCCAAGGACGAAAUAUUCGUUGCAGCCAUCGCAAGCCGAACGAUUCAGCUGAAACUGAAGCCUUGCUACCGAGUGGUUGUAAUAUGCUACGUGUUUUACCUAUACAACACGCACCUCCGCAGCCUCCUCCGAUUCAUCGAUCUCCCCAAAUUAGCAGAAUGGUUGAUCAUUCUUCUCAACCUCCUCCACUUCCUCCGCAUAAAGGUGUUACUCAGGUUUUCCCGCCGUCGAAAAGCUCGGCUAGUUCUUACAAUAGCGCGAGUUACUGUAUCGCGAAACCUAAAGUAGUCGUUUACAGUAAAAUGAUGCGCAACAUGGAAACUAAUCCGAUAAUAGCAGCCAUACCGAAACACGAACAUCGUAAUCAGAAAAGCUGCGAAUCCAACUUUCACAGAAACGAGCCGAAAUUCGUACGUAGUAUAGAUCACGAGAACUUCAAUUCGCCUCCGAAAUACAGUUCGAUUCACGAACCGAAGUCGUCGCAAUUCGACAACGUAAUGCGAAAACCGAAUUCGAAGAGUAGCGACGUACCGUACUUGAAACCGUUACCUAGACCACCAAAGACCGCAUCCCAUCAUCGUUCCAGUAAGCAUAAAAAGAAACAAGUACUUCCGCAUCACUUACAAAAACAUCAUUCGGAUGAAAGUCUGGCUAGUUACGCAGCCGCUCGUUUCUCCGAUGGUCAAACUAGAGCGCAUUCGUCCGCAGAUGAAAUCAGUUCCUUGAAUCAUUCGCCCAGUGUAAGCUCGUCGGAUGAAAGUUUCAGCAAAACUACCGACGCUUCGCCUUCACCGUCGCCUCCUAUAGUUCAAGAUUCGAAAAGAUGGCUAUUUAUGUCUGGCGUCGAUCCGUGCUCAUCUCCGGAUAUGUCACCGCAUCAUACAUCGGAACGACCAGCGUUACCGUACGGAGUCGGAUGCUCGUCUCCGAAUCAUAAUUCGUUCAAAACCCAUCCCAACGAAUCGAAUCAGCAGCCGCUUUACAGUAAUCCCAUAAAGCACUCGCAUAACAACGAUAAACUCGCUCAUCAGUCUAAAAUUCCCGCCGAUUAUCAUCAAAAUCGUACCGGUUCGAAUAAAAAGAAAGAGAAAAUCUCGCCCGAAACGUUAAUGGCGUUGGCUACAGCCGAAGGUAACACAACGUCGGAUUCGACCAACUGUCUCAGUGCCUUAGAUUCGUAUCAAGGCGACACCUGUACGAGUUUCGAGUAUAAAAAGCAUUCGAAACGGCGUCGAAAUAAACAUUCGAUUUCGAAUCUAGAUAAAAGUAAUCGUAUCGUGAAAUAUCUCGGCCACGAGAGGAAAUCUAACGUCGAAUACGACGAAAUAAAACAAAUGCUGAAAAGUUCCAAAAAAGAUAGCUCCAGUCAAACGGACUUGAAAAUACCGCAUUGCGUUUCUUCGUUGUUGCGUAAAAAUGCCGAUAAAGCUAUCGAUAUUGAGCAGAAAAUCAUGGAAAUAUUCGAAGAACAAGAGCUACUCCAUAGUAUGACUAACGAUAAUAUUGUACAAGAUGAUAAUCUGAUGAAAGGAUACAGCGACGAGUCGUUGUUACGAGAUAUCGAUCUGAAAGAUUCCGAUAUGAGUAAAGAUUACAGGAGUAAACAGUACGAUUUCGAGAUGGCCGAUCUUGGCUCGUGUUCGCAAAUGCGAUUUUCCUUAGACGAUUGUUACGAUAAAGAAAAAGGAAAAGAAGACGAAGAAAUGAUCCAGAAUGGUAAUAAACAUCACCUAGAAAAAUUCGAAGAAGAAGAAAGACAAAUUGCCGAACAAGUUGAAAAACAAGAAGCGGAAGUUAGAAGGAUGUUAGGAUCUGAGAGUAUCGAAGAAAUGUUCGAUCAACCCGAAUGGAGUGAGGAUGAUCUGGACGAUGAUGGAGAAAACGUCAAUUCCGAAUCUAUAGCUCAAGAUGAAAAAAAUCAACAGUAUUUAUCGAACGAAGGAUCCUCGAAGGAUGGCGCAGAAGGUUCAAAUAUGGCGCCCAAGAAUUACAGUCCGGAUGCUGGGUAUCAUUUAGACGAAGAUAACGUCAGUCUAUCUUCUCGAACGUCUAGCCGUAUAUUUGAUUCCGACGCUGUGAUGAGUUUAGACUCAUUGAGUGUGUUUUACGAUUCCGAGUACGAUAACUAUUACAUGGACGAUAACGCAUUAUUUACGCCUCCAUUUUGUCGUCAACGAGCCGACAAAGAGGAGAUGAAUUACAGUAUUAAUUCGAAUCUAGCGAAUAUUCGAUCUGUAUCCGAAAAUAUUACUCGAAAUUUCGGUCAAUCUAGAUCUGAAACUGAUGGUGAAAUGUAAAGCCGUUUCUGAUACGUGCACAAAAUCCAGACAUUUUUUCCAUUUUUGUUUGUUCUUUGUUUUGUUGUUUUUGUUCUUUUUUUUUUUGCGUCGUAGGUACUUAAAAAGUACCGAAUUUUACGUUUUAAUAUUGAAAGGUUUAUAUGUUAUAAGGUAUCCGUUAAAGUUUCUAUUUUUGGUGUAAUUACGCUUAUCAUUUUAUUGUUAACGUUACGCGUAUCGCGUGCUGAAUAUAAUUCAAGAGAUUUGGAUUACGGAGUGGCUUAUAGGUAGGUAAUUUGUUUCAUUGUAAUAUUACUUGUAUUUUUUGGAAUGUAAGUCGUUUAGGUGCAAAUGAAGUACCACGUGCUAAAGUAACGUGAUAAAUCUCAUUUCAUUGUUGAAUAUUUUAAAGCAUUUAUUAUAGUAGGUAAAUCAUCGUGUGUUCGUGAGGUAAUUAUGAUGAUGAUUUUUUUGAAAAAUCAAAUUUUCAUUCUCAUCGUGUAUACUACUUAUAAUAAUUUCAGUUUUAUCGAACGGAAAUCAAAACAGCGUGUUUUUCAUUUCAGACGAUAAUCGUUUUUCCGAGUAUUAUAAUUUAUUGUGUUGAUUUUUUUAAACUGGUUUUUAAAUGUUUUUAAACGCAGUUUGUAAUUUUAUGUAUUCGGAUUUUUUUGAUAUGAAAACUACUAUUUUAAAAAAGAAAUCAAAAACGUUAACCUUUUUUGGCAUCAAUUGUGGUGUCAAAAAAAUUCAAAGUUAACGAACUCCUCUAACAAACAUUUGAACGAAUUUUUAAUAUUUAGUCGAUUUUGUGAUAUAUUACUGCAAACUUAAUUAUUGAGUAAGGUUUAGAUGAUUUUAUUGUGUAUUAUAUACGUUGUAAGUAGGUUCUAUAUUUACGCCAUGUAGUGCGAAUAUGCUAUUUAUUUAUUAUUUAACUCUAUUCUUCGUGAACCGGUUACUAAAUAUUGUGCGUGUAUUAGGGUGUAAUGCAUCUUAUUUUGUUAAAUUGGAAUUUCCAUCUCCCACCUCCCCUCCCCAAAGUUGUCACUUCGGUUGAGAAAAUAAUUCUUCAUCUUUUUCCCUUCCUAUCUGCAAAAAAGUGGUGCCGGUUGGAAAUGUCCCCACCACAAUGAAAAAAAUCAAUUCACACAAUGCUUUGUUUCUGCAUCAGAAUUUUUCUGAAUAAUCCGCUUUUCUAGAAAAAUAUCUCAACGACUCUUCAAACCGUAAUGGGUCCCCCUAGUAAGGAGCCCCCAAAAGUUGAAAAUGACCAAAAAAAAUAAGAAUAAAUCCAAAUUAGGAAAUUUUUAUUAGAAAUAUCCCAUUUGGCAUUUUCAUAUUGUUAUUGUUCUACACACCCUCUUUUCAAGUAAAAUCCUUAGGUCCCCAAAUAAUGUAGUUUUUUCCAAGUAUAUAAAAGCCCCCCCCCCCCGCCGCAUAGAAAAAUAUAAAUCUACAAGAAAACAUAUGGAAAAUUGAUAUCUGUCAGGGUGUGUAGUGUGUACCUACCUGCUGAAAAAUUUAUGAAUUCACAAAAAAGAAUACAAAAUUAGGAAAUGACCUGAAAAAAGUGUGAAAAAUAGUCGAAAAUGUACAAAAUUUAUUCAAAAUUUUGAAAGGAUUUGUAAAAUGAAAAAAAAUCACAUGAAGAAAAUCCAUGUUUGAAAAUUUUUGCAGGUCGAGUUUUUUUCUACCAAAGAAAAGUUGAUAUUGUCGCGUUUUCAUAUUUUAUAUCUUACAAAAAAAGUACUAAAUCGGAAAAUGACCCAAAAAAGUAUUAAAAACCGUCGAAAAUCUAUGGAAUUUGUACAAAACGUUGAAAGGAUUUUUAUAAUGAAAAAAAAAUCAAAUUAAUGAAGGAACUCGUGUUUGAAAAAUUUUUGCACAUUGAGUUUUUUCUACCAAAGGAAAUUGAAUAUUGUCGCGUUUUCAUAGUUUUUAUUGUACAAAAAAAGUGCAAACUUGGAAAAUGACCUAAAAAAGUAGGUACCUAUAAAAAACCGUCGAAAAUGUGCAAUUUUGAAAGGAUUUUCUAAAUGAAAAAAAAAAACCAAAAUGCAGAAAACCCGUGUUUGAAAAAUUUUUGCAUAUCAAGUUUUGUUUUUUUUACCAAAGACAAGUGAGUAUUGUUGCCUUUUCAUCAUGCAAAAAAAAAAAAAAAAAACAGAAAAAGUACAAAAUUAGAAAAUGACCUAAAAAAGUAUUGAAAACCGUUGAAAAUGUAUAAAAUUUGUACAAAAUUUUGAAAAGAAAAAAAAACAAAAUGAAGAAAACCCGUGUUUGAAAAAUUUUUACAUGUCAAGUCUUGUUUUUUCUACCAAAGAAAAGUGAAUAUUGUUGCCUUUUUAUCAUGCAGAAAAAAAUACAGAAAAAGUACAAAAUUAGAAAAUUACCUAAAAAAGUAUUGAAAAUUGUUGAAAAUGUACAAAAUUUGUACAAAAUUUUGAAAAGAAAUUUUAAAAUGAAAAAAAAAAACAAAAUGAAGAAAACCCGU